AUGGUGCAAUCCUUUGGAUACACGAUCUACCGACAAGGACGCGAUCUACUGAUGACACAUAUGGGUGGAUACCGCGCUCAAUCCGUCAUGAUCAUGUUCGUACUGGGUAGGAAAUUUGAGUUCGGCCAGUUCGAAGCCGCGGCAGCAGCGGGCUCCCGGGGUACUAAAAAAGCCGAACUGAGCAAACAUGCAGCUUCAAACAAGUAUGAUGGAAGGCUCCAGGCCAAGAUUCUUCAUCUUUCAAAAUAUGACUUGGCUGGAAGUAUCGGCGAGAAAUGGAGAAAAGAUUUGGAUGAUGUGACGUUCUUGGAGCCUGCCAAACGAAGGAAGCAGGAGUUGGCUGCCUUGGCCAAUAGAGUCGAGGUUGGAGGCGGUGGCAAGUCGGAGGUGGAGUCGGAGGUGGCAGCGGCGGGGUUGUAG